GUUUUGUAUGUUUGCCUCUUUGACCUUUAGGCCUGAAUCCACCUCAGGGUGUAGGAGGGCUUUGCAGCUCUGGGUUCUUGACAUGACAAUGUCCUGAUGCAGACAAUUUUUGAUACAUCUGAUACAUCCUGUCUUCCUUUCUUUUGUCCCUGGACUGAUGGAUGAAACUGAUCACAUCAUGGUAGCAUCUAGAAAUUCCCCUUCUCCGCCACAUACUCCUCCUUCUCACCCACCUCCUCCACCCCCUCUAUUAGGACUAUUUUCAUUACCUCCACCACCCCCUCCACCUCGAAGCUUUCCUCUGCCCCCACCAGCAUCUGAUGGUAUUUCCAUGCCCAACUUAUCUCAUGCUAAUUUACAUUAUGGGGACCGUCGUUCCAAACUCCGGAAUUUCAACUGGGAUCCCCUGCCUGCUGAGCGUGUGUUGAUGGGCCCUAAUUUAUGGACAACUGGUCCACAUAUGACUAGCCUUCAUAUUGAUACCACGCAUAUGGAAGAGCUUUUUGGCCAGCGUGAGGAGCAGAAUAAACAAAGAGGAAAAGGAAGACGAAGUUUCAAGGCACAAACCGCACUAGGAAUUGUGGAGCAAGAAGUUUGUCUACUGGAUGCUAAGAGAAGCAUGAACCUUGGGAUCUUUCUAAAGCAGUUUAAGAGGCCUGUGCAGACGAUGAUCGAUGACAUAAAACGAGGUGUUGGGUCCAACUUUGGGGCUGAAAAAUUAAGUGAAUUGGAAAGGUUGCUGCCUGAGAAAGAUGAGGUAAAAAAGAUUAAAGCUUUUAAAGGAGAUCGGAGCAGCCUAUCAGAGCCAGAGCUGUUUAUAGUCCUGCUGGUGGAAGUACCAAGUUUCCAUCAGAGGCUCCAGGUCAUGAUCCUAAAGGAAGAAUUUUUCCCUCAGCUAAACUCCCUGAAACAGGCUGUGCAAAUCCAGAUUGCAGGGGCUACAGAGCUGUUGCAGUGCGAGGAGUUACACACGAUUAUACACCUGGUGUUAAAAGCUGGAAAUUACAUGAAUGCAGGUGGUUAUGCAGGAAGUGCCCUAGGAUUUCGCAUGGGCUCCCUCCUUAAAUUGGCUGAUACCAAAGCAAACAAGCCAGGAGUGAAUCUGAUGCACUUCGUAGCCAAGGAAGCAGAGAAGAACAAUCCUUACCUGAUGAACUUCCCAGAUAAGUUGUCUCAUAUUAAUCAGGCAUCAAGAAUCACAUCACAGGAAGUAGAGAGUGAUCUGGAGAACUUGAAACAAAAACUAAGCCGCACUCGAGGAGCACUUCUAGACCAACCAGACCUGCAGCUUGAAAUGGGAGCCUUCCUGCAGGUGGCUGAGAUGGAGUUACAUCAGGUCCUUGGGUCAUUGCAGAGUCUGCGAGAAGUCCGCCGUGCUCUCAUGGAGUUCUUCUGUGAAGAUGAAUCAGUUUUCAGACUGGAAGAGAUGUGCCUAGUGUUCAGCACAUUCUGUGCCAAGUUCCUGUCUGCUGCUCAGGAGAAUAAGGAUCGCGAGAAGGCAGAACUUCGCAAGGAACGCUUGGAGAAGCGCCGUUCCAUUGCUAGCUGUUCCAUGCAUGAUAAAGACCUACAGGAUGUGGAACUAGAAUUCUUACUACUUAGACUUCCCCGAAGAGGUCGGUCAGGAAAGACUCCACGACCUCUUCCUCGCACUCAUUCUACUGACCACCUCAAUUCCCCUCCAUGCUCCAUCAUCAUGCCCAGAGAGCCCAUCAUGGAAGAGGAUGAUCUCCUUCUAGAUGCCAAGAAGCCCCAUGGGUUGAGGAGACCACGAAAUGGCAGUAGUGAAGGGAAUGGACAGGACACCCCAGGCAAAAUAAACAGGAGACACACACUUAACUGCAUUCCUUACAGGGCAGAGGAAUUUACAGAACCAGUUUCGACUGACUCAGUCACUGAAAAAUGUAUGGAUGUACUGCCCCAAAAUGAAGUACACUUGCCUACAUCAUCACACUGUACUCUCAACAAUUUGCCACUCAACCAAACUUUAAAGUCUUGUGUUUUGGAUGCUUCUCAAAAAUCCCCUUCUUCACCAACGUUGGAUUCACCCACCUCACUCCGUUUGGGGGGACUAUUUCAAAGGAGAGGGAGUUUAAGAAGUCCAGAGCCCUCCAUGAUUUCUGCUGGAGAGGACUCCCCAAGAGGAGGUGGCGAAGCCUCUGCACUCAGCAACUUCUUAAAACGAUUUGAAAGUACAAGGCGUUCCUCAAAAUAGACUCAACACAGUAUGCAUAUGUGAAGACUGAAGGGAAACCAAGGACUGUUGGAGUUUAAGUCCAUACACUAGGGGUCCUUAAUUACAAUAUUGGAACUACUCUGAUUUCAAGACUCCAUGCACUGCUUGAGGGAUCUAAUGUAGUCUUUGUACAUCAUAAUUCACUGUGAAACAACAGCUGCCUCUUACUGGUGGGAUACCUGGGAUUCAUUUGGUUUUAAACAUUUGAGGAGCCCCAUGAUGCAAAGGAGAAGGGAAGAAGCAAGCCAAAUGGACCAUAUAUAAUAAUGAUAGUAAGGGGAUGCCCAGAAGGGAAUGUAUUUUAUUAUUAGUGGCGUUUAGCAGAGGGCAGUGAUAGGCUGCAUAUUGGCACGUGUCAUACUGGAUGUGCCCAAUGAAGGACGUCUGCUACUCCUUCCAAUUUUUACUGACUGGGAAUCAUACAUAGUUUUUCUUUUCAUUAUUAUUUUACAAAAUGCAUAGGUUUACAUUGUUCUUGUUGCAGGUGGGUCAGAUCCCUAUUUUAUUUAUUCUGGUAAAUUAUAUAAAACUGUGCAGGUCAUGCCGCACACUAUUCGGAUUUCAUAGGUUAAUUUCUACCCAGAAAGCAGCAGAAGGAUUCUGUCUGGUCUCAUUUAUUAGGUAUCUUGUAACCAUAAAUGGA